AUGGAGGCAACCGCUUCCGGACCCGAAGGGCCUGCGAAACCUGCAAAGUUCGGAAACGAAAAUGUGACGGUCGAGAUCCCUGUGGUUCUGACCGUGAGAGAGUCCUCGCCGGAUGAACUGGCCAGAACAAACGAUGACAUUGGGGGCAACAGUAAUCACAAUAACAAAGAUGACCACCGCAGGGUCAAGGAUGAUAGCGGCAAGUCCAUGGAAGCCAAUUCUGGAGUCGUCUUCGCUCAUCUCUUCGGCAUGAAGCUCGAUGCCAGAAACGCUCCAAGAUUGCAAGGCUACGGUUGGAAUCUAGGUUUUCAAGACCACCACAGCCGCUCGGAGAAGAGCAUCGCAUGGAUCAUCUCCCAAGACGAAUGGCGCCUCUUAUUCGACAUUUACGUCCAAAAGAUUCAUCCCGUCUACGGUUUCUUAGACAUCGAGACAGUCUGCCAGAUCAGUCUCCGCAGAUGGCAAGACGUCCAUGCCACCAACGCUUACGACCACAUCCUCUGCGGUGUAGCCGCUCUCGGCUCCCUCUUCUCUCUCACCCGCGCCGACGAUCGCGAGAGACUCCUUGUCGAAACCGCCAAAGAACUCCUAGACAACACCAGCAUGGUCCGUGAUCCAACCUUCGAAGACGCUCAGGCUUGGCUGCUUCGCACCCUCUACCUCCGCUGCCACAGCCCACCUCAUGCCGCGUGGAUGGCCAGCUGCACCACCAUGCACGUCAUCGAAGCCAUCGGCGCCCACCAGGAAGCCCGCAAGGUGAGCUUGGUCUACUCCGAAUCCAAAGCGCCCCUGGAGCACACCCUCGGCUGCCAGAGGCGUCUCUUCUGGCUCGCCAAACUGCUCAACUCCUGGAUCUCGUUCGAAUACGGCCGGUCACGCGUAGUUUUGCCAGGCACAUCAUGCCAACCCCCAACCCCCAUCGAAGGCCGGGAGGAAGACUGCACCACCGACCUAAUAUCCCUUUUCCAAAUUUCCGAAAUCCUCGACCCCGACACAUCACCUACCCCGGAGGACCUCGAAUCCGCCCUCACUUGUGUUCACUCCUUAAGUUUUACACUCGAUCCCCUCGUUCUCUCUCAGGCGAACCUCGCAUUCACGUUGUAUCGCCGUCUAAACGUCGCCAUCCCCACGGGAAUCUCAACCGUCUUACUAAACAAAGUGAUGCAGCUCGGCUUCAAGGGUCUCACAGCAUCCUCCCGCGCGACGGAUGAAGGCAGCCCGUGGUGGCACGUAAAUAAUGUUCCGUUUCAGUUCAGUUGCAUUUUACUAGCAAUGGAUACCCGGGUUUCGUUAGGGUAUGUGAGGGAGAGUGUGGAGGUGCUGCGUAAGGUGGUGGAGAGGUUUAAGACGAGCAUGGCGGCGAGGGCGCUAGAUACGGUGGAAUUGUUAGUUAUGCUGGCGAAGCGAGGCAAGGAGGUGGACGCGGCUGUUUUGGGGGACUGUUUUCGAGAGCACACAGCUGGGCCGUCGCAAGGCCAAGCGCAGAUUGGAGAAUCUGCCGACUGUGCAGCGCAAGAGGCUUACGUUGAUACCAGCAACACCACCAUCGAUCUACAUGGGCAGCUCGCGGCCUUGAAUGAGGCCGUACACCUCAUGACGAACCAAACGAGCCUCGACUGGCCUGUUAAUAUGCUCGCUGGUGCUGGUGUUGGGAGUGGUUGUACAAAUCCCGUGUUCAACCAGAGGAUGCAGCAGAUGUGA